CUUCUGGCCUUUCUGAAAUUCGCGGUUGUGAAACUUUUUAUUGUCUGUAGCAGUUGAAGAAGCAUGAAAGGCCACGAAACAAAGAGUUUUCUGCUGCUCAUUUAAAGUGGGUAAAAGUAGAAGGUGGUCGCCAAGGUGGUGAUGACAUUGCUCUCAUCCCUUAUGCUAGAGUGGAAGAUUUUGUCAAAGGAGAAUCUUCUAAUGCAGAAUGCCCUGCUAGUUUCCGCAUUGAGUCAAGUAGGAAGAGACCUGAGGGGAGCAUCACCAAACCGAGGGUUGAUGGCUAUCUGGAGUACACAUUGUAUGUAGUGAUUGUAAUUUGGAAUCUCUUGGUGGUGCUCGAGUGGGUCUUUCCACCUUUCUUUUUCCUUCAAAUGAAAAAAACAUUUUUCUAAUCUACUUGGCAUCCUAAUUUGGUGUAGCAUUUGCUUUUUAUAAAAAAUAAAAAAAAAUAAAAUUAAUGGUUAAUUAGUGUGCAAAAUAUAUAUUCUUUUUCCCAUAAAGCUCAGCUGUCUUAAAUAAUUAUGUUGUCGAACAAAAGACAUUCCAAGAGCUCACAGUUUUUGUUCAAAAAGGAUGUGCAUUUUGACGAUUGUAUUUAAGUUGCUUUGACCGAACAUAUAGAUCUUCAUGGUGAUUCAUCAGGUACUGGUGUUCUUAUGGUCCCGAAGACUACCGAGAAAGCGAGUCUGGAACGGGGGAUGUCUCAAACAUCAAGCCUGCAUCAGGGAAGGGUAGCAGGCCAGGGAGGCGUCACAUGAUGAGAGGUUGCCUUUGCCAUUUCACUGUGAAACGAUUGUAUACCCGCCCUCUCCUAGCCCUCAUCAUCUAUAAUCAAAGAAAGCAUGUAGAUAAGACAGGAGCCCCAUGUCAUGGCAGACUUGAUCGUGAUGCUCUAGGGACAAGAGCCAUGUAUGCUCCAAGGAUAUCAGAAGAGUUGCGCCAAAAAGUGAUGUCUAUGCUUUAUGUUGGGAUAUCUUUGGAUAAUGUAAUUCAGCAUCACAUGGAGGUAGUUCAGGGGCAUGGUGGACCCCAUAAUCGGGAUGAUUUUCUCACUCGAAAUGAUGUGCGUAACAUGGAAAGGCUUAUUCGUAACUCUUCUCACGACUUACAUGCAAAUGAUGAAUGCAGUAUUAAAAUGUGGGUCCAACGGCAUCAAAAGCAUGUAUUCUACUUUCAGGAGAACUCCAGUUCAGAACCCUUUAUCUUGGGAAUACAGACAGAGUGGCAGCUGCAACAGAUGCUCCAUUAUGGAAAUAAUGGUUCGAUAGCUUCUCAUUCGACAUUUGGCUUGAAAAAACUUAAGUAUCCCCUGUGUACUUUACUCGUUUUUGACUCAUCCCACAAUGCAAUUCCGGUUGCUUGGGUCAUUACCUCUUCUUUUGUCGAUCAAGGUAUCCAUAAGUGGAUUGGCUUACUUGCUGAAAGAAUCCACGCCAAAGACCUCAGAUGGAGACCCAAUGCCUUUCUGGUAGAUGAUCCUUCUUUUGAGGUUUCCAUUAUAAGAGAGGUUUUCCAAUGCCGGGUUCUAUUAUGUGUCUGGCGUAUUCGGCGCACUUGGAUAAGAAGUCUUUUAAAGAAAUGCUGUAACUUUGAUGUGCAGCGAGAGAUGUUUAAGAACUUAGGCUGGCUUUUAUAUUGCACUAGAAGUGGGCCAAAUGCUGUGGACGCAAUUGAAGAGUUUAUGCAAGUAUUUGUUGAUCAAUGUGCAUUUAUGGAUUAUUUCAAGAUCCGAUGGCUACCAACCAUAGAGUUGUGGGUUAGUGGUGUAAGGUCUCUUCCUGUGGCCAGUCCGGAGAUUCUUGCUGCAAUUGAGUCCUACCAUUUGAGGUUAAAAUCCAAGCUUUUCAAUGAUCAACAUGCUAAUUCCUGGGCAAGAGUUGACUGGUUGAUCCACUUUCUGACGACGGAAUUUCACUCCUUAAAUUGGUUAGAACAAUACAGCGUGGAGACUGGGUAUCUUGAAAAUCUGAGGGACAAGUCUUUCUCAACCAACGCUUGGUAUCAGGCUUUACACAUUGUUGACAUUGAUGUGAUACUGGAUGAGCAAAAUCUUGAAUUUGCAAAAGUCAUUUCUCAAACAGACAGAAGCCUGGCAUAUACAGUUUGGAACCCUGGUUCGGAAUUCGCCCUCUGUGAUUGCCCCUGGUCAAGGGUGGGAAAUCUGUGUAAGCAUGUUAUCAAGGUGGCAAUUUUAUGUAAAAAUCGGCAGGUUGCAAGACCAUUAUUGGCUGCUCAAAUUUAUCGGCAGACAUUGCUUACCCUUCUGCAGAACCCCCCUGAUGAUCCUCUAGUUCUGGAACAUGCCAUUUUACAUGUCACUCGCUUGCAACAGGACAUCAAGGGUUUAGAAGAUUUGUCUAGUAGUGGCUUACUCCAACCAUUACUUCCUGAGAUUAACUCUCAAGUGGCAGAUAAUAUUCUGAUUUUUCCCGGUCUUCAUUGAACCUACCAUGUACAAAGGGCUAUUGAGCAUCUUCAAUUGAGCUGAAUCUUCUUCAGCCAAAAGUUUUAAUGGGCGGCUGUGAAGCCAUGUUUUUUUUUAUUGGCUCAUAUUCAACUUGGAAACCAGUCAGAAUUAAAAUCAGCGCGGUUUGAUUGCAUGAGACAGCGUUUAUUCAUGAACAUGCCAAUCUUUGCUUCUGUAGCAAAUAAGGAGGGCAGGGUUCGUGGACGACGUAGCUUCAAAAUCCUACAUUCUGUCUAUCAUCCUCGCUCAAAUUACGAAAAUUAUUCAACCCAGAUUAGAGUCAUGAUAUGAAGAAUGAAGAUAGGUUCCAAUGUCAGACGAAAACCCGUAAAUUCAUGAAAUGUACGGUAUGCCGUGUUGGCGUGUUCCUUACUCAACAGAGGAGAGGUUCAUUCCCUGCGUUUGCAUGAAAUGUUAGAGCCAUUAUCCUCAAGAGUUCUUCUAUACAACCUCCUCCUGUAACUCAACCUCCACACUCCAGCCGACGUGGCUGUUUUUUUUUUUUUUUUUUUUUUAAUCUGAAAACGUGCAUUUUUGUCCUUCUUGGUUGAUUUCAAAUUCUCACCCCCCACCCCGCGUGCUGUUUCACUUUUUCAUUCCCUUCCCCCGCAUUCUCUCCCCAACUCCCUCCGCUCAUCUCCUUUCGCCGACCUGACCAUCUGCCGGCACCAUGUGGCUCCAUCACUCCGAAACUGUGUGGCUCCAUCAUUCCGGCACCGUGUAAGAAAAUUCCUCUGGGUUCACUAUUCCGUACAAGGUUCGUGGUGGCAAGGUGGUCCAGAUCUAUCGUCGGACGUGGGUCAUACACAUCGAGCGUAUCACUCGCGAGAAGGUGAACGGGUCCACUAUCAACAUCGGCAUCAAUCCAUCCAAAGUGGUAAUCACCAAGCUCUGCCUCGACAAGGACCGUAAGUCCCCCCUCGAUCGUCGAUAAUUCAAUAUAUCAAGGAAACAUUUUUCUGGGACCAUCGAUACGCACUGCCCAGCUCAUCGUCUCUUCCGCCCAGCAUUGUUCUUUGCUUGGUGCUUUGCCGACAAGGGAAUGAAUGAUGGCUUCGUGUCCAUCAUGAAUGUAGAUGAUGAGUGCAGAGUCAAGAAUGCAUUCUGGGCUAACGCAUGUAUCCCCAAGUGAUGACCAUGUGGCUGCAUUCUUGCACCAUUUGGAGGACUUUGAUGUCUUUGUUUUAAUUUUUCAAUUUUGCAUAUCUCCAAGAAAUGCCGUGCAUGCCCCGUGGGACCUAGUGCAAGUCAAUGGUCGUGUUUGUGCAACAAUUGGUUUAGAUGAAUUAGUGUAACAAAUGCGUAAAUGUGUAUUUGUAAUUAGUUGAAUAGGAUAUGAAAAUUAUUUUUGUUGCGACUUACUAGAGGCCCAAAGGGAGUAUGGAAACCAUUCUAAAAUGGUUGAAUAGGGUAUAGAAAUUGUUUUUGUUGUGACUUACUAGAGCUGGUAUGGAAAUGAUUGUAAAUUUUGCACACAAUCGGUAUGGAAAUGAUUGUAUAUAUGGUUUAAUUGAUCCUUUAUGCAA